CAGAGGCUAGCUGUGUCCCUGACAAGUCUAGAGCAGCACUAGCGCAGAGUGAGACUCAUCAGCUGGCAAGCAGGAUCGGUGUCUCUGGGUUCAGGAAUCCUCCAGCAGCAGAGGGGACUUGCUCCUCAGCCCCUUUCUCCGUUCCCUCCCCGACCCCAGUAGGCCACCCAGUGAGGUCCAUGGACGGGGGCGGGCCCCGCCUGCCGGCUUCUGUGUGUGUCCAUGAGGGCCUGGAGCCCUAGCCCUCCUGCCUAGGUUUCUGCCUUUUCUCUCUGUCUUUGGUCAGCUGGGGGAGGGGGUGGAGGCCGAGUGAGCAACAUGGCCCAGAGCAAGAGGCACGUGUAUAGCCGGACUCCCAGUGGCAGCAGAAUGAGUGCUGAGGCAAGUGCCCGGCCUCUGCGAGUGGGCUCCCGCGUGGAGGUGAUUGGAAAAGGCCACCGUGGCACCGUGGCCUAUGUUGGAGCCACCCUCUUUGCUACUGGCAAAUGGGUAGGUGUGAUCCUGGAUGAAGCAAAAGGCAAGAAUGACGGGACCGUCCAAGGCAGGAAGUACUUCACUUGCGAUGAAGGACACGGCAUCUUUGUGCGCCAGUCCCAGAUACAGGUGUUUGAAGAUGGAGCGGAUACUACUUCACCAGAGACACCUGAUUCUUCUGCCUCAAAGGUCCUCAGAAGAGAGGGAACUGACUCAAAUCCAAAGACCAGCAAACUGCGGGGACUGAAGCCUAAGAAGGCACCGACAGCCCGAAAGGUACUCUCGCUCGCUCUGGUCCUGCUGCCAGGCUGCCAGCGCGACGGCGGCCGGGGUGGGGGUGGCGGCUGA